CGGCGGCGGCCCGAGUGGGCCCCGGCGGGCGUGAGCGCGGGGGAGCGCGCUGCCUGCAUGCGCGGAGCUCUAGUCCCGGGCGGCCGCCGCGGCAGCGCCGGAACGGAGGCAGCCGGACGUGGAGAGGAGCGCGGAGCCCGGAGGCGCCCCGGGUCCACGCUGGACCAUUGUGACUGUCUAGCGCCUGGGUGCGCUGCGAAGACGAGGACCGGACUCUUUUGAAUCUCCCGGCAUCUGGGCGCGGGGCGACUCUUGGUAUUUUCUAACUCAACUCGUGGAUUGGAACGUGGCUCCGCUCUGAGCGCGGCCGGCGACUUGUAGGAGCCCAGCCCUGGCUGUGGCCGCCGCGCACGCCCUCGGAAGACUCGGCGGGGUAGGGGCACGGGCUGGCCGCGAGAGUCUCCGCGUGCAGAGCGGGCGGGCCGAGGGCUGAUUGGAGGGACUCCCCGGAGAAGCGAUUGGGAAUUGUUGCCAACAGCAUGGAGGAGAAUGACCCCAAGCCCAGCGAAGCGGCGGCGGCGGCGGCGGUGGAGGGGCAGCGGCAGCCGGAAUCCAGCCCCAGCGGCGGCUCGGGCGGCGGCGGCAGCAGCCCGGGCGACGCGGACACUGGCCGCCGGCGGGCUCUGAUAAUGCCCGCGGUCCUGCAGGCGCCGGGCAACCACCAGCAUCCACACCGCAUUACCAACUUCUUCAUCGACAACAUCCUGCGGCCCGAGUUCGGCCGGAGAAAGGACGCGGGGACGUGCUGUGCCGGCUCCGGAAGAGGCAGAGGCGGCGGCGAAGGCGGCGCGGAGGGAAGCGGCGGCGCGGGCGGUGCCGAGCAGCUCCUGGGGUCGGGCCGGGAGCCCCGGCAGAACGCGCCGGGUGCGCCGGGUGCGGGCGGACCGCUGCCCGGCAGUGGCGGCGGCGACUCUUCGGGUGACGGCGAAGGCGGCUCCAAGGCGCUCUCGCUGCACAGCGGCGCCAAGAAAGGCGGAGACCCCGGGGGCCCCCUGGACGGGGCGCUCAAGGCCCGCGGCUUGGGCGGCGGCGACCUGUCUGUGAGCUCGGACUCGGACAGUUCGCAGGCCAGCGCCAACCUGGGUGCGCAACCCAUGCUCUGGCCGGCUUGGGUCUACUGCACGCGCUACUCGGACCGACCUUCUUCAGGUCCCAGGUCUCGCAAACCAAAGAAGAAAAAUCCCAACAAAGAGGACAAGCGGCCCCGCACGGCCUUCACGGCGGAGCAGCUGCAGAGGCUCAAGGCCGAGUUCCAGACCAACAGGUACCUGACGGAGCAGCGGCGCCAGAGCCUGGCCCAGGAGCUCAGCCUCAACGAGUCACAGAUCAAGAUUUGGUUCCAGAACAAGCGCGCCAAGAUCAAGAAGGCCACGGGCAACAAGAACACGCUGGCCGUGCACCUCAUGGCGCAGGGCCUGUACAACCACUCCACCACCGCCAAGGAGGGCAAGUCAGACAGUGAGUAGGGGGCGGGCUCCAAGCCCAGUCUCAGUCCGAGCUAAACAAUGCAAUAAUUUCAAAUCAUAAAUAAAGGGCCAGUGUAUAAAGAUUAUACCAGCAUUAAUAGUGAAAAUACCGUGUAUUAGCUAUGGUUCUGCAAUAUUCUCUGUAUAUAUAAUUUACAGGAGGUGUAAAAUCCAAAAUAUCUGACUAUAAAAUACUUUUUGAGUUUUCUUAUGUUUGAGAUUAUGCUAAUUUUACGAUUUUUUUUUUUU